UCUUUUUCCUUACAUAAAAUCUAAAAGAUCUACAGUAGAUACAGUGUUUCGUACUACAAUGAUAAAAACAAUCUUUCAAAGAGAUGUUACAAGAAGUGCUCUUAAAAUUAUGGGAAGGUCUAAUCAAAAACGAAGGCUCGCAACCCACCCAAAAAGGCACCCUGUAUUCGUAAGACCUACGAUAGACUUCACUCAAGAAGAAACGAUUCUACAGAACCUCAUUCCACAAAUUCGAGAAGACAUUCUGAAUGAAUCUUUAGUUUACCAGAAGAACAUGCCAACAGUUAGAGGACAUGUCGAAAACCUUAUUAAUGAUACAGUCGGAGAUCUUAAGCCAAAAUUUCUCAACUGUGCUUUAAUAGCGAUAUACGCCUACAAGUAUUUUAAACAGGAUCACACCGAAGAAGAGUUGGUCAAGGCUGGGAUUUUGGGCUGGUGCUACAAAUUGCAAGACCUCGCCAUGAUUAUCGUUGAUGACAUACUGGAUGAAUCAAAAAUUCGUUACAAUAAACCUCCCUUGUAUAGGGUAGUGGGAAUAAAACAAGCUAUCCUAGACUCUAUAAUUUUAGAAUCAGCCGCUAACUUCCUAGUUUUAAAAUAUUUUUCUGAUCACAAGCAUUUAGUUAAAAUCCAAAAGGAUCUCAUCCUAAACAUAGCGACAACUACGAUUUCACAGAAACAAGAGCUGUCAAAGUAUGAAAUAGACGAAUUGGAAGUUUUUGAAAAUUUGAUUAAGUCUUUUCCGCUUUUAAUACAUGCUGUUACAUCUGCGGUGUAUUUGGCUGGUAUCGAUGAUCCAAAGAUCCAAUCCAUAGUGAAGAAGUUUUGCGUGGAUAUUGCUAUAUUUGGAAAAAGAUAUGAUGAUUUUACAGUAUUUCUAGACCCAAAAACUAUUGGGGAAAAGGACAACACAGAUAUCGUUAGUUUUAAGAUAACAUGGAUGGCCAUCCAAGUCUCCAAAAUGGGAAGCCCCCAACAGAAAAAGACUUUUAUGAAACACUACGGUCACUCAGAUCCUGAAUCAGUUGCUAUCAUUUUUGAUAUAUACAGGGAACUCAAUUUAGUUGAACAUUUCGAUAAAUAUAUGAUGGAAUUUUACGACGACAUGCUUACACAAAUUCAGAACUUGCCUCCUCAACUGCCAAAAGAAUUUUUCUAUAAUAUACUAGACUGUGCUGUAGCAAAUAAGAUGUAUGCUUAAUAAAUUUAAAUUAUGUUGAA